AUGGCUUUCAAAUCAUUCAUAUACUCUAAAGGUUAUCAUCGUUCCGCCGCUCAAAAGAAAACUGCAACAUCUUUUUUCGAUAGCUCCUACCAGUAUCUAAGGCAAAACCAAGGUUUGGUAAAUUCGGAUCCCGUACUUCAUGCAUCUCAUCUACAUCCUCAUCCGGUCGUAGUAGCGAAUGUAAACUAUAACAACGUAGAUGAUAUUUUGCAUCCGCACGACCUGGAUUCUAGCAUAAACAACACUAACAACCCCCUCACCCACGAAGAACUACUUUAUAACCAAAACGUUUCCCUUCGAUCGCUGAAGCAGCAGCAAAGUACAAACUAUGUUAAUAACAACAACAACAAUCAACAUAGGUAUUAUUCUACCGGCCCCACAUUACCAACAAACCAAUAUGACCCCUUAAACUUUAGUAAUAGGAACUUCCAAGAUCUAUCAUUAAAAACAUCACAACCAUCAGUACAACAGCCACAAAAUGAGUACAGCCUUCUAAAAGACGAAAACGCUCCAGUUUGGAAGGAGGACACAGAACCAUGCCUGAAUAAAUCUACAUACUUGCAAACUCAUAUUGAUGAAAUUAAUCGUUGUUACGAACAAAAAAAUUAUAACAAAAUCAACUCUUUAUAUCAAUCAUUGAAAAGAAAUGAUAUCGUUCCGCCACUGGAAAUAUUUACGAAGGUUUUGGACUCUCUUUGCAAAAGGCCGCUAGAUAACAAUGAUUUAGACAACAAAAUGUACGAACUCUUGACGUGCUACCAAGAUAUGAUCAACAAUAGAUUAAAACCUCCUGAUGAGAUUUAUAAUAUUGUACUAUUGUCUCUUUUCAAGGGCUCAAUUUUGGCCUAUCAGUUCGAAAAUCCAAACGGUAGUGAUUUUUACAAAAUUGCCAUUGAAUUAUUCAAUACGACCACCAACGAUCCAAAGCAAAAAAGUGUGGUUAAGUUUCGCAAUUUUUCCAAAGAUGUUCUCGACUAUAACCUUUUAGCGAUGAACAUCUAUCCGGGCCAUAUCACCCUGUCAAAAGCCCAACAAGUUAUUAAAUCUUCACCUGCCUUUAUCAAAGAUUCUUUUUACUUCAUAGCAUGCUUCUCAUACGCUAAAUUAACAAAUGAUAAGUUUGCCAUUAAAGAACUUUAUGAAGAUUUCAGACUAUCUUUAUCAUCUGGCAGUCCAGACCAAGGCUUAUUUGAUGACCAGUUUGAAAUUUACAGCGUGAUUCUUUCUAGUUUUAUUGAAACUGGCGAAGUUGAACUGGCUACCAAUCUUUUGGACGAUUUAGUUUCCAAAAUUCAAAGCUCAAAUGGUCUCGCUUCCAAUAUUUCUUUAUUGCUAUCGAGUUUCUUAAUUUCGAUGAGUAAGGUAGAUCCUUCAAAAGCUUAUGAAAUAUGGUUUAAAUUCCAUAAUUUAAAUUGGAUACCUGAGUUCUCUUACGAAUUUUAUUUGGUUUUCAUGGCAAACAGUUUCCAAGAUUGGAAUUUGACUAAGAAAAUAUAUGACUAUAUUUUUCCUAUGGAAAGAAAUUUGUCUCCAUUAAAAAAACAAAAAUUAUCAGAUUACUUACUGCAUCCAAUCGGUGUUGACUCCAUUACGACCUCUUUGUUAGAUUAUUCUUUACAAUUGAAAGAUAAUGAAGUUAUUAUGAAAAUUCUAGAAGAGUCCAUUGUCAAAAAUUUUUCUUUUGAUAUUGGCAUUUAUCCAUUUGUUUUCAAUUAUUUAAGAGAAAUUCAGUGCGGCGAGGACUACCUUAUGAGAUUUAUUGAAUCACACGCUGAGUUUAUCAAGAAGAGCAACUCAAUUAACAAAUUUCAAUUCUUAAAUAUGAUAGUUGAUAAUUUCCAAUCACAAUCAUUAUUAAACAAAAUAUCCCACGCAAAGUUUUUCAAAAACUUCGUAGAAGAUUUCAAUUUAGAAAACUGUGAAUUGGUCAGCUAUAAUGGGCUAAUAUCAUGCAUUAAUAACUUCAUUAAAAUUCCAAAGACAAUAAAGGAUUUCCCAUACAUUCUGGAGAUUCAUGCAAUUUUGGUAACAAAAUUAUUUGAUUUUGACACUUACCCAAUUUUGCAAAAUGGCAACAACGAGGUUCUUUUGAAGUUUAGAGAUCAAAUUGAACAUCAGUUUAAAAUGUUAGCUCAAAACUUCUGCAGAUUAAACCUAGAUCCUAAUUUGUUAGCAGGUGUCGUAUCUCAAGCUAUGAAAAUGGUUAACCUAGAUGACACCGCUAAUGGACAAGAUUUAUUGAACUUUUUCAAUCAUCCAGGUGAUUGGGACAAAUCUUAUCCUUUGUCACUAGGUUCUUUCAUCAGGAACUCACCCAGAGGUGGUAUAAGAGAAUUUACGAAAUUGAGCAAAGAAGGUUAUUGCUUUGAUUAUGACACUUAUAAAGAAUUGAUAAUUAAACGAGCUAUUAACAAACAAAUUAUUGACAAGUGCUUAGAGGUAUGCCCUGAUUCAAUUGAACUAAAAAAUAUCGUAAAUUUGAUGAUUUCAAAGAUUCCUGGUAGGAACCUAACCCAAUUGAUAAUCAAUAAUCCAAAAUUUAGCAAAGUUUUUGUGCCAAAUUUAAGAAAUGAUUCUAUGUUAAAAUUAAUCGAAAACUGCGAAUCUUUAUCGAAUUUCAUAAGAAUCUGUGAUUUCCCAGAAAAGUUCAAAAGUAUUGCUAUUCAAGCCGAAAACAAAAAUGCUAUUGAGCUGAUUUAUGAAAGACUGUUUGACGGCGGUAAGUACGCAGAUAUUUUGAGAUAUAAUAAUAUUGUUCCGGUGUUAAAUUUGGAACUUUUAUUAAAAUCUUGUAUCAGGUCUGGUGAAUUCAAGAAGUAUGAAAGUCUCUCUAAAAAGUUUAAUGACAAAAUAAGCGAAUCAUCAAAAAUUGAUAUUCAGCUAGAAUAUUUAAUUAAUAAGAAUGAUUUAAAAGGGGCAUUCACGCUGUUUGAAAAGACUCCAAGGGAGCUGAGAACCCCCCAUAAGACUAUGGACCUUUAUACAUUUGCCUUAUUUUUGGAUAGUUUCAAUAGGAACAUCACGUAUUAUGAAAGUCCGGAAAAUACAUUACAAUUCGCCAAUAUUUUAUCCAGCCAAACAAGCUUCAUAAAUUUACUAUCGACGUACAACUUAAUUGCCCAUUCAGAUCACCUCAUGAACUUCAACGUCGGUGGAAUGGCAGCAAAAGUUAAAAAAGAAAUCCUGAAUCAAAUGCUAAACAAUUUGUAUGAUUCCAUCAGACUAUUGUCUCCCAGCAUUGAAAAUGACAAAUCAAUGAAGGAAAAAUUGAGAGAAAAAGUAAAGAACUACUGCAGAUUCAAAGCUUAUUUGAAGUCACCUGAAUUGGACAUGGAUGAACUGAAGACCUUGGUUUCAGUCGAGUCUUUUUUAAAUCCUUUCACUCCUUCAAUGUUGUUCAAUAACUUGAUCGAAACUAUUUAUAUAAACGAACACGCUUCCUCGUUAGUCCUUCAGAAUGGGUUGAUCUAUUCACUCCAACAGAAAGGUCUCAAUAAGAUACUGAGCUAUCUAGAAGAAAGCUUCAUCACUAGUGGAAAUGAUGCCAAUAUUGAAAAGGUCAGGGAAUUCAGGUCCCUUUUAAGGAAGAGCAAGCCUCUUCAAGCAUGA